AAUAGAAGCCCAAGACUCUUCUUCUCUCUUCUCCAUUUUGAAAUUCAUCAAGCAAAUCGCACAAGUCGUGUGAGACGGCCGCGUUGCAUCUUUCGUCAUCCAUUCUCUCUUUAUUACCAACACCAAUCCGCGAUUGAUCCUGAAACGGAACUAGAAUCCUCUUCCGAUUUGGGAAAAAAAAAAAAAAAUGGAGUCGGACAAUGGGAAGGGGUUGAUACUAGCAGUGGCGUCUAGUGUUUUCAUUGGCUCCAGCUUCAUCGUUAAGAAGAAAGGUCUCAAGCGUGCUGCUGCCAACGGGACCCGUGCAGGGUAUGGAGGUUAUACAUACUUACUUGAGCCUCUUUGGUGGGCGGGCAUGGUCACUAUGAUUGUUGGAGAAGCUGCAAACUUUGUGGCCUACAUCUAUGCACCAGCUGUACUUGUCACUCCUCUUGGUGCUUUAAGUAUAAUCAUCAGUGCUGUUUUGGCGCAUUUCUUGUUAAAAGAAAAGCUUAAGAAAAUGGGGGUUCUUGGAUGUGUUUCUUGCAUCGUCGGCUCCGUUGUUAUCGUCAUUCACGCUCCUAAGGAGCAGACUCCUAACUCCGUCCAAGAAAUAUGGAAUCUGGCAACUCAGCCAGCUUUUCUAGUUUACGUAGCCAUAACCAUGUCGAUUGUCCUUGCUUUGAUUCUGCACUUUGAACCUAUCUGCGGCCAAACCAACAUUCUGGUUUAUAUUGGAAUCUGUUCAUUAAUGGGUGCUCUCACUGUUAUGAGCAUAAAGGCCAUUGGAAUUGCGAUAAAGUUAACAAUGGAAGGAGUAAACCAGAUCGGUUACCCACAGACAUGGAUUUUUUUCAUGGUUGCAGCAACCUGUGUCGUUACACAAUUAAUUUAUCUCAACAAGGCGUUGGAUACAUUCAAUGCAGCAAUUGUCUCUCCCGUGUACUAUGUGAUGUUCACAACUCUCACAAUCGUUGCUAGUGCCAUUAUGUUCAAGGACUGGUCUGGGCAAGAUGCAGCCAGUAUAGCCUCUGAGAUAUGCGGAUUCAUCACUGUGCUCACAGGCACAAUGAUACUUCAUGGGACCAAGGAAGAGGAACAGCAAGCUUCUUCUGAUUUGAUAUUUGGAUCUUCAGAAACAGUAAGAUGGUAUGAGUCAAGAAAGAGCAGGAACGAAGAACACCUGAUAACCCUGUACAGCCCUGAAUACUAGAAAGAAGGUGGCAAUCUCCGGACUUCCAAAAUAGAUUUGAAAUGUGGCAAGAAAAAGCCUCGUGGAAUGAAAUAUGAUGUAUGUUAGUUUUGUAUUGUUUUUAUGGUAUCUUCUUUGUACAGAAUUUUUUUUGUCUAAUUGAAACUCCACCCAUUCUUUA